CUUACCCAUUAAAGGACCUCGAGCAUGCUUUGGAUUAGAUAUGAUCCUGUUGGUGAUCACUUCAAAGUAUUUGACUUGGUGACUUCUCCUGACCAGUUUCUUGGGUUUCUAGUGCACGAGGUUAUUACACUUGGACGAGGAGGAAGAGGAGAAACACCCAAUCAGGUUACCACCGCUCCUUAUUACCCUGUAACCAAUAAUGGGUUUUCCAUCAAUGGUUUCCUCUAUUAUGCUGCUUGGGCUCAGAGAAUGAGAAUGGAUCCGGUUAUUGUGUGUUUUGAUGUUAGAUAUGAGAGUCUAAGUUUUAUCACAGCGCCUAGGGAUGUUGUGGCUUGGGAGAGUGAUUCAGUUUUGAUAGAAUACAAAGGGAAGUUAGCUUCCAUUGUUAGAGACCCUUUGAGCUUCUCUAGCUUUGAUUUAUGGAUACUAGAGGAUGUCAAGAAACAUGAUUGGUCCAAGCAAACCUUUGAGCUUCCCUUCCCUUUGGUGAAUAGGAUGACUUCCCCGGGCACCAACAAGGCUGGUGAAAUCAUUUUUGCCCCAAUGUUUCUGCCAUAUGAUGUUGAGCAACCCUUCUUCGUUUUCUACUACAAUGUAGAAAGAAAAGACAUCAGAAGAGUUAGGCUCCAAGGAAUUGCAGACAAUAAAGAGUUUCGGCACCGAUAUGGACUCAUUGUCGCAGCCCAUAUGAGCGUCUCUAUCUCACCCGAACACAUCGAAAGUAUUGCCUCUUUAUAAUGUGUUUUAUUUAUUUUCUUGAAGGACCUUAAUGUAAGAGCUUGGCAGACUCUGAUUUUUGCUUUUUUCUUUCUUUUUCUUUUCAUCAAUAAUUAAGUGUUGGCUCUUCAACACCAACCAAACUACUGUUUGUUAUCUUACUACUACUGAUGAUUUGCAUCUUCUGUCAUGUGUUACUAUUCUUUAGUGUUAUUCAUAUUUUGAAUGUUUUUCUAAAUCUUGUUUUUGCUCAGAAUAAGAUAUUAGACCAUUU